AUGUCUGUCCAUCUGCACGCGCUGCUGACCCUCUGCCUGACAUUCAUACAGGGGGCUUGUAUGUUUUCUAGCAACCACUGGGGAGACUGGAAUGACUCUCAGCUCCAGCCAACGAUUCAGAAGCUGAUGAAAGGAUACAACCGCUACCUCAGACCUAAUUUCAACGAGGGUCCUGUGGAAAUUGGAAUGAGUCUUGACAUCGCCAGCAUUGAUGCCAUCUCUGAAAUCAAUAUGGACUACACUGCAACCAUCUUCCUGCGUCAGCGCUGGCGUGACUCCAGGCUGGUGUUCCCAGGAAAUGAGAGCGUCAGCGUGGACGGACGCCUCGUGUCACUGCUGUGGAUCCCUGAUACCUUCAUCCCAGACUCCAAACGCUCCUUCCUGCAUGACGUCACAGUGGAAAACCGCCUCAUACGCAUCUUCAGCAAUGGAACUGUUCUCUAUGCCCUACGCAUCACGGCUACGAUCGCCUGUAACAUGGACCUGACCAAGUACCCCAUGGACAGACAGGUGUGCACUCUGCAGCUGGAGAGCUGGGGCUACAACCUGCAGGAUGUGGUGUUCUACUGGACCAGAGGCAAUGAUUCAGUGAAAGGACUUGACAUACUGCGGCUGGCUCAGUACAGUGUAGAGAGCUACUAUACAACAGUGUCAGAGGCUGUUUAUGAGACAGGACAAUACCCCAAGCUGGUGUUGCAUUUUGCACUGCGUAGAAAUGUGUUGUUCUUUAUUUUGGAGACGUACGUUCCGUCCGUUCUGCUGGUGGUUCUGUCCUGGGUCUCCUUCUGGAUCAGCCAGUCCUCUGUCCCAGCUAGGACCUGUAUCGGCGUGACAACCGUCCUAACAAUGACCACUCUGAUGAUGGGCGCCCGCACUUCCCUGCCCAAUGCCAACUGCUUCAUCAAGGCCAUAGAUGUUUACCUAGGAAUCUGCUUCACCUUCAUCUUCGGUGCUCUGCUGGAGUACGCCUGCGCCCACUUCUACACCAUGCAGCACCAGACUUUAGAGGAUCUACACAGGGAGCUUCUGAGGGACUUCAAUGAAUCCAAUGGAAACGGCUCCAUCCCCAUCGUCAGCUCCACCCGACCCAACCUGUCCGUGGAGAUCGGCUCCACUGCAGAGGAGCCUACAGAGCAGUCAGCCAACAGUGACACUAGGAACAAUGCUGACUUAAAAAAGGAGAAGGCCUCAGAGCAGAGCUGCGGCCUGUCUUCAGUGAAGGACGCAUCCCGUAGAGCAGCAUCCGUCUUCAUUGUGGAAAACCCGCACAACAUUGAUCGCCACGCUCGCACCGCUUUCCCUACGGCAUUCCUCUUUGUCAAUAUCCUCUACUGGCUUUACUAUCUCUUUCUCUGAGCGUAGGUUUAAUGCUGCUGCGUAGUUCAUUUCACCAUCCUGAAGCUGCUCUACCUCCUCAUUUGAGACCCAAUACCAGUUGCCACUGCCUGGAUUUAAACUGAUCAUACAAGCUUUUUGUAUCACAUACAGAAAAACCUUUGUGUCCCACAGACAGGGCUGCAAAGUGAUAAAAAUCAGAAAUUAAUCUUUGUAUCACACUCUGUGCUGAAAGCUAUUAUUGAUCAUGUUUGGCUAUUAAGUACAAGUGAAGAAACAAAGCCUACAUCUAUUUCCUGACAACUUCUAUCGAACAAAUGAGGAUGAGUUAACUAGUUAUAGGCUGCCUGAACUGCAUCACACUGUACUGUGUUGCAUUGAAUUGCCUUCAUUAAGUGACUGAUGUAGAUGUGUUUUUUUUUUCUU